CCUGGCCUCCUGGACGAGAUGGAGCUGCCCAUUUGCCGGGGCAUGAGAUGUAUCUAACUGGCAACGAAGCGGAAUGUCAUCCGGACAUUGGGUUCCCGAACGAGAAGCAAGGCGCGGGGUCUGGGACUACAACCUCGCUCGCAUCCCGGCGGCGUUUUAACCGGGAAGGAGUGUGUGAUGACGAGAAUAGCCCCGUAGGCGACGAGAAACCCAACGUUGAAGCUGUCCAAGACUCUGGUGGGGCCGUUACAGCGAGCUUGUUUGUGUUUUAG